GCAACAGGGAUUGGACGGUGGCUCCUCUACCGGGACCCGUCUGAGCGGUUUGAACGCGGAGCUCCGUCCCCAUUGGUCGGCCGUGUGUCUGGGGCGUUUCGCUGGGACUGCCCGGUUGUGUCCGGGUAAGAUGGCGUUAGAAGAGCAGUGCUCGGCACCACCUCGAUGGCGGUCUAUAUCUUUGACACACGUAGAGUUCCCGGAGGAUGAUCUGACGGGACAAGUGCUCGCCUACAUCAGUCUCCUACCCAUUGCGGUCCUUGUGGGUUUUGUUACACUCAUAGUGUUUAAACGGGAGCUGCACACAAUUUCAUUCUUUGGUGGGCUCGUCCUGAAUGAAGGGGUAAACUGGCUGCUGAAGCACAUUCUCAGAGAGCCGCGCCCAUGUGCAGGGGCUCAUUCAACCCUGAACACAGAGUAUGGGAUGCCCUCCAGUCAUUCCCAGCUCAUCUGGUUCUUUGUUGUUUACUUCUUUCUUUUCCUUUAUUUAAGAAUGCAUCAAACGAACAAUGCUCGAUGUGUGGACCUGCUGUGGAGACACAUACUGUCCAUCGUCCUGUUGGGCAUUGCCUUAUCAGUCUCAUACAGCAGGGUCUACCUGUUGUAUCACACCUGGAGCCAGGUUUUCUACGGCGGAGUGGCCGGUAGUGCAAUUGGCGUAAUCUGGUUCUUUUUCACACAAGAGGUGCUGACACCAUUAUUCCCCAAAAUAGCAGCGUGGCCAAUAUCAGAGUACUUCUUGGUGCGAGACACAAGCCUGAUUCCCAACAUCUUAUGGUUUGAGUACACAGUGACCAGAUCAGAGGCAAGGAACAGACAACGAAAGCUUGGAACAAAACUUCAGUGAUCCACACAGUUCUUUUAUGAAACUGAGUUUAGGACCACACACACACACACACACACACACACACACACACACACACACACACACACACACACA